GAGCUGCUGGUGAAGUGUGGCUAGCUGAUAAGUGCGCCCCACAAUCACUUUGGAAGGUGUGUGUAGUAGUGUAAGAAGGUUUGUUGACACAGAGAUAUUGUUUGAUUUUUUAACUAAGUAUAUAUUGGCCUAUAGUCCAUUGUACAGUGCUAGUUGUACGCUGAUCACCGUACGUGUUUGCUGGGUUUCCGGGACUGGCGUGGCGUUCCCGUUAUACGUCCUGUCCUUGGAGUAACGACGAUCGCCACUUCUGGCGUACAACAUCUAACUGCACUACAAGAUUACAGCCAACCAUGGCCCUAGUUCAUCACUGAAGAUACAGCUCUGUGUUUACAACAGGAAAUCACGGUAGAGAGUGGGAUGUAAAAGCUGCAUUUUCGUUGCUUGGCAGCAAUUUGCAGCUUUUCAUAAGCGAACAUCAUUUUAUCGCUACACAUGCUAUUGAACCAGCCUAUCAGAAGGCUUGUUACAGUUGACGUCGAAAGCAAUUACAACCAUGCCGUUACCAAACAACACUAAGGGAUCGCUGUUCAGCAGGGGAAAUUCUGGCAAGGCGAGUGGCCAGACCAAGCCUGGACUAUCUACCUCCCCGGUCAGGGGGGUCAAGAUGGGCAACGGGGCUAGUUCAGCUUCCACAGCUCUAGAUGGUGAUGUCCAUGAACAUUUAAAUAACAAGAAAUUGAUCCCAGAUUUGAGGGCAGAAAUCAAAAUUCGUGAUGCAAAGAUAUUGAAAUAUGAAACAGAAUUAUUGGAAAAGAAACGGAUACUGGAGGAAAAGUGUGCGGAAAUUACAAAAUUACGAGCUGAAGUUGACAAAUUACAAUCAGUGUUACAAAUUAAAGUUCACAAGGAUGCUGGGAAUCCGGACAUUUUGGCGACUAUUCAUGAAAAUUCCUCGGUGCCGGGACAGGAGGGGCGGAGUAAGAAACAAGGCGUUUCCGCUGAGAGUCCCAUGUCUAGUCAGCAUGGAACAGUCGUGGAAAUUAAGAGACAUGAAAAGGAAAUCAGAUCUAAACAGUUAAUAAAAGAUGCAAUUCUAGACAACGACUUUUUGAAAAACCUGGAUUCCACCCAGGUACGCGAGAUUGUAGAUACCAUGUACGAGAAACAAGUGAAACAGGGCCACUACAUCAUUCGAGAAGGCGAGAGCGGACAGCACCUAUAUGUAUCGGCAGAUGGAGAGUUGGAGGUGUUGAAAGGAUCAAAAGUACUCGGCAAAAUGGUGGCAGGUCGCGCUUUUGGGGAGUUGGCCAUCCUUUACAAUUGUACAAGAACCGCAUCCGUCCGAGCCCUGUCUGACGUUAAGGUAUGGGUACUGGAUCGAAGAGUGUUCCAGGCCAUUAUGAUGAAGACUGGUAUACAACGACAAGAAGAAAAUAUCCGCUUCCUCAGGAGCGUUCCACUUUUGAAAAAACUGCCAACAGAAAAAUUAUCUAAAAUAGCAGAUGUUUUAGAAGUGGACUUUUUUCAUGAACAUCAAUACAUCAUCCGAGAGGGCGGGACAGGUGACACAUUUUUCAUCAUCAACAAUGGGGAGGUCAAAGUAACUCAAAAGAUUGCAGGAUUCGAAGACCCACAGCUCAUAAGGACCCUUAAACGAGGUGAUUACUUCGGCGAGAAAGCUUUACUCAGCGAAGACCGCCGAACCGCAAAUGUGAUAGCUCAGGCGCCUGGGGUGGAAUGUCUGACAGUUGACAGAGAUUCCUUUAGUAAACUCAUCGGAGACCUGAAAGAACUUCAGGAGAAAGAUUACGGUGAUGAAGCACGAGGUGCACAGAGGCUCUCUGAAAAUAAGAAUGACUCCCAAGAACAGAGAUCUAGCGGUGGCAAUGGCAGUGAGGUACCAUUGUCUCCUAUGCGAGAGAAGGUUGGCCAGGAAUACCUGGAUAUACAACUAGACCAUCUGGAGCUGGUAGCCACACUAGGAAUGGGAGGCUUUGGUCGAGUCGAACUGGUGCAACUUACGACCGACCGAAGCAGAACGUUCGCGCUCAAGUGCCUUAAGAAAAAGCAUAUAGUGGACACCCGGCAACAGGAACAUAUAUAUUCUGAGAAGAAGAUUAUGAUGGAAUCAAACUGUGUGUUCAUUGCAAGGAUGUAUAAAACGUUUAAAGAUAAGAAAUAUGUGUAUAUGCUGAUGGAGGCGUGUUUAGGAGGGGAGCUCUGGACCAUACUACGAGACAGAGGCUACUUCGAUGACGCUACGGCUCGCUUCUGUGUGGCAUGCGUUGUAGAAGCUUUCCAUUUCCUACACGACCGUGGUAUCAUCUAUCGAGAUCUGAAGCCUGAGAAUUUACUGCUGGACUCAAACGGAACCGUCAAAUUGGUUGACUUCGGAUUUGCUAAGAAGAUGAGUCCAGGCCGGAAGACCUGGACGUUUUGUGGUACUCCAGAGUACGUCGCUCCGGAAAUUAUCCUGAACAAAGGCCACGACCGAGCAGCGGAUUACUGGUCCCUAGGAAUACUUAUGUUUGAACUGCUUACUGGGAGUCCGCCAUUUGCCGGUACCGACCCCAUGAAGACGUACAAUAUCAUCCUAAAGGGCAUUGACUCUAUAGAAAUACCUCGCAAGAUUAGCAAGAUAGCAAAUGUUCUCAUCAAAAAGCUAUGCAAAGACAAUCCUGCUGAACGACUUGGUUACGGCAAGAAUGGAAUCAUGGAAAUAAAAAAACACAAGUGGUUCCAGGGAUUUGACUGGGACGGUUUAAACAAUAGAAAAAUUCUGCCAUCUAUCAUUCCAAAGGUACGGAGUCCAACAGAUAGUAGCAAUUUUGACAGCUAUCCUAAAAGUAUGGAGGUACCUCCAGACGAGUUGUCAGGAUGGGAUUUCGACUUUUAGUAGGAGAUGUCAGUGAAGCCGGAUUUGCCAAAACAUCAUUUACUCUCUCAAAAUCAAGUUAGACGUAGAACCGUUCAGUUCGAUAUUGAUUCAGUUUUACAACUAUUUAAGUCUGUUAUUGAACCAGCUUUAAUAGUGGUCCAAAUUUCUUCUGAACUUGUUGAGUAGACAUUCAGUUCUUUCUGAAUUGUUUCAUUCCUAGGAAAGGUUAUGUUGUUUACGUUUAUAUUUUUAUGAUUGAUAUACGGUUUAAGAUAAUACAUGUACUCCAUUUGUAUGUAUGCUCCACUAGAAAGGGUUCAUAACGGCCAGAGUUUAAACACAUACUGACUGUGUUUACGUCUAGCCAUCGAAUAAGGUCAACUAUCGUUUAUGUACAUGAAUUUGAGUUAAACGCCAAUAACGUUUAACAUACAACAUAUACAGUCCAAUUGAAAGUAAACAUGUAAUUGGUUGUCAAGAGAAAUUUAGUAGUGAAGCAUUAAACAAUAAGAUUGUUUAGCUGAAAUUUGAAUCUCAAGAAAAUCAUUUCCAUUUCAUUUACCGUGUUUGGAUAACAUACCAUGACACAAAGUUGUGAUAUCCAUUUAGAAAUGUAUCAUUAUUCACGGAAUGUCGGUCAGGUGGACAGUUUCGACCUUAAACAUGUUCUUCUUUUUCUGAUACUAGUAUUAGAAUCGAACGGUGACCUAUUUGCAGUGACUUCGCUCUCAUAUUGGCACAAUGAGUUAUAACGGCAGAAUGAACCAGAUUUUUGAAAACAAGUAUGCAAUUUAACAUCAUAUCGAACUCAUGAUGUUCAAAACAAAAAAUACAAUUUGAGACAAGUCAACAUUAUAUUUUUUAAUUUGUGUGACUCUACUAUUUAUUGGCUUAAAUCAUCGAAUGUAUACAGGCAUUACAUUACCCCUUCAUUCUGUCGAUUAAAUAAGGGGAAAUGUUUUUGAAUAAAUACUCGUUAAGAUAAAUAGUAACAAUUAGAUGUAGUUCGUUAGAAUCACGUCGCCGAUUGAUUUAUACAUACGUACGUGACUGUAUAUAACUUCUACUGAUGCAGAAGUAAAUAUAAUCGAUUAAUAUAUCAUAGCAGCUGUGAGAAUGAUUUCAGCGUAUAUUGUAUCACAAGAUAGAUUUACUGAAUAUUGCUAAUUGGAGUCCUGUAUUUUAUACUAUCAGUAAGAAUGCUCGUCCAUAGAGAAAUAGCAAUACUGCCAAUAUAUUGUAUGUAUGCAAACGACUAAUUGGGUGGCUUGUGUUCAAAACGGAUAAUCGAUAGUCUGUGUGUGUAUAUUAUAAGGACUGGAAGUUAUAAACUGUAUGUGGGCAUUUACAUCAUAAAAUGAUAUCGUAAUAUCCCUUGUACUAAUCACAUUUUAAAAUCGUUUCUUUUUUUGAAACAAUGAUUAUAUCAUUAUCAUAGUAUAUAAUUGAUUAGAUCAUUAUUAAGUUCUGUUCUGUCCAUUGAUCAUUUAGUUUUAAUGUUUAACAUUUGUUUAUUAGAGGGAACCGCUGAAACUUCUCAUAUAACGCUUUGAUAACAAAUAUUUGAUUUUAAACAAAGCUAUUUUUACGCUGGAACAGAGGUUUUGACUUGCGUACAUUUCUUUGUGAAUGGAAAUAUAGGAGUACUGUCCAUCCGGAAGUUGAUUUCAUGUCCGUACCUGCUUAUUGAUUUCAUUCAGAGUCCAUAGCAAUUAAUUAAUGAGAAAUGGGUGUGGUAUUGUCAUAACGUAUUCCAUAUCGAUUUACGCUGUUUUUCACCGCUAUUAAUUCCUCCAUCUAGUUAUUAUGAGUGGUCCGGACAAGGAAAGAUCACAGAGGUCAUGGAAUGUCACCUAGUUAAAACCUGGGUAAAUAUAUAGAAUCAUAGAGGAAUCUCGCUUAAAUUGUUCCCGGUUCAAUUUACAGUAAUUCAAUGACAGUAAAUGUAUAAAAUCCUAGUGUAUCGGUCUUCAUUAAUAAUCAUGUAUCAGUAAAUACCUGGUAAAAUGUAUAAGAUCUUAGGUGUAUCUGACUUAGUUAAUAAGCGUAUCUCACUUAAUACCUGUAAAUUGAUUAAUAAGCGUGUUGUAUAGCUAUACCGGGUAAACUGUUAAGAAUCAUAGGUAUAUCUCCCUUAAAUAAUACCCGGUUUUACAAUCAUUUAAUGAAUGCCUGAACAUCUAACUAGUAACUGUCUUCAUUAAUACCUGGUAAAUAGAUAACAUAAUAGUUUUAACUAACUUAGUGAAUACUACUUACUUGAUCGAUAAAUAGAUGCAACUCGUGUUUUUUCGCUCUAGUAGGCUCUAAAAGCGCCAUGUAUUUACGUUCACUCUAGAGAAAAAGCAUUUCAGUCUAAAAGUGUAUAUUAUUGCUGAUACAACAUUUCCUUGUGCAAAUCUACAAAAUAGUUUAAACUAAACUUUUUAAUCACUUAUUAAACAAGUUUUGUAUCAUAGUUUAAAUAAUUUCUGGUGUAAAAUUUGAAUAAUUUAGUUAAAAUACCUCAUAAUAAUAUUUCAACAUUUAACAUAAUUGAGCUCUAAAAGAAAAUGCACUUAAAUAACAUCUUCACUAAAAUGCAAUUCUUGAUAUAUACAUAUUUUAUUGUUGUUUUUUUUUAUUGUUAUUAUUAUUUUAUGAUAUUUUAUUUUGUGUAUUAUGUAAUAUAACAUGUAUUACGUUUGUAGCUGUGGUUACUCGGAAAAUAGUUAGCCAGUUAAGCUUUGUAAAAUAUCAAAUGUGGUCAGUUAUAUGUAUAUAAUGGAGAAAUUUAUUCCUCUUAAAAAAGUUCAUGUUUCGUGUAAUGAAGGAUUUGUUAAUCAUUUUAUUUGUUUUAAAUGGUAUAUCGGUAUGUGCUGGGAUACUAAAAAUUUGAUGUCCAAUGUAACUGAUUGUGAUGUGCUUUUACUUUUCAUAAAUUGCAUGAUUAAUAUUUGUGUGGAUAGCCAAGUGGGUUCAGCCUUGAAUAUCCUGCACACAAUGGGUUUUUUUUUUUUUUUGUCUUUUAGGGUAAAUUUGGUAAAUGUUUUCUUCCUGCUUCAUUGUUUUUCAAAAAGAACCAAAUCAGGUGUAUCGGGGUUUUUUUUUCCUUCUAAAUUAUAUGUUAGCAGUCAAAAUGUAAGAAUCUCAUGAUACCCUUUUUUCUUCUGAUUAUAUGCAUUACUAUUCAGCAGAUGUGGUUAUUAACAAUGUUUGAUAUCAAUAUAUAAUUAUCUAUAGCAUACUGUCAACUGUCAAUGAAUAAAUGUCCAUUGACAUACUAUUGAACAUGAUUAUGUAUCAAUGUAAAAAUAUGCUGUAUCAUGCCGUCUAUUUUAUAUAUCUACAAGAUUUUAAUGCACAACCUUGAUUCUACAAGCAAUGACAUACAAUUGAAAUGUCAACACGGGGCUAUAAUUAGAAUGGGCGCGCUCUAUUCAGUUAUCCUAACCCUUUGAUCUAGCGGAUGCCUAAUGAGUGUCAGUCGAGCAGGUACUUCGCACAUAAUUUCCCUUUUUGUAUAUUCGGACGACUUCUGUUCUUAUCCUUUGGGUUUCCGAUCUAGGUCUUUCAGUAAAGAGUUAAACAUAAUGAAUAGAUUUCAGAUAAAUAGAAUUAAAAUGUCUAAUCAUUUAGUUUAGAUAUAUAGCUAUACUGGUAACAAAUCAGCGAUGUCGGAGCAUGCAUAUUGCGUCUUUGAUACCUAUACACUUUAAACAAUACGUUCCUAAAUAAAUGUGGGUCUGAUAUUUAACUGAUGAUGUAAAGAGACAGUAUUUAAGAGAGAAGACGAUUAUAUUAGGUGAAUCGUUAUAUUCACUGUUGGUUUUUCACAUAAUGCAACGAAGAUAGAUGAUUUUGUACUGUUUUUCUCUUUUCAACACAUGUUUUAUUAUGAUACUCGAAAUGAUUGAGCUUAGAUACCUUUCGUUAGUACAUUAGGCUGUUAAACGUUAUAAUAGGACCAGGUAUUUCAACUGGGAUUAGGCUCUUUUCACAGGAAAAGUUAUCGUUAUAUGAAUUUGAUAAAUAAGAUGAACAUGAUAUUUGAUAAACAAAUCUUAUUUGAAUAUUUGAGAUUGAAUAUGUUCGAAAGUUGUUUCGUUGUAUCUUUUGUUUGCUAAGUAAAAUAGAAAUGUAUUUUUCUGUUAUCAAUAUAAUUAUAUGUAAUCGCUAUUUCUAUGAAGGUGCUAAACGUUCUCUCUUAAAUGCUGUUAUAGGUUUUAAUUCGUUUUUAUGUUUGCAUAUUCCAUUUAGAGACUUAUCAGAACAAAAUGGUUUCCAGAUAGUUUUGAAACUUGCCAAAAACAUCAGAAGAAAUGUAGGCAAGCACAUAUAUAUGAUGAUUUUAUUGUUGCAUAUUGAUAUUCUAGUCAAUAGUUUGAAAGGUAAUCUCACUUUGAAAGGACAAUAUCCAAGACAUCUAUAUUAAUUAUGAACAUUAUACUACAUGAAUCAUUCAUUUUUAGCAUGACUGUCAAUGCAACCGACAGUAAAGAUGAAAGAGAACAGUUGAAAAAAUGUAUAACUUUACCUGGAAUCAACACAUAUAUCACUACACUAUAUCUUGUUUACCGAAAGACAUUUUAAUAAUGUUGUUUUAUCGCGCGAGUGUAUCCGAGUAAUAGUACGUCACAUGGAGCGUGCGUGGUCUUGGCAAAAGUAAUCAGCAUUUCUAUGCGAAAUCACAUUGGCGUCAGAAACAGGCAAUAAUGAUCAUUGCCUUGUUGUUAAUGACAGAAACAUGUCUGAUGGUUUAUUUUAAAGUAUUUUUCGACAUGACGAAGAAAUAAAUUCACUAUAAAAAUUUCGAUAAAGCGCCGUUUCUUUCUGUGACGUUUUUAAGAUGUGCCAGGGUUAUUAAAUUUAAUCACAAAAAUGUAUCAUUCAGGUUGAGAUGUGGAGAUAUACAAUAAAAAUGAUUGUGUCUUAUGUUGAAGCGAUAUAGAGUGCGUGGAACGUGCGUUUAUGCAAUUAUAGAUAAGGUAGGUUAGUCAUUUUACUCGAGUUUUAUCCAUGUGAUAUAAGUAUACAUACAUAAAUAGUACAUGGUUAUAUAUAAGGUAUAAAUAGGUAUAUAUAAAGUGUAUACAUAACUAUACUUAUUGUUCAUAUAUAACUUUAUAUAAUAUUUAAAUAAGGGAUGUAUACAGUAAAUGGCUGUAUAUCAACUUUAUAUAAAUAUUAUAUUAAUAUACUUUUAUAUAAGGUGUAUAUAUUGGAUAUAUAUAACCAUAUAUAGAGUAUAUAUAACUUUAUGUAUGGUAUAUAUAACUAUAUAUAUAUACAUUUAUAAAGCAUCAAUCGGAAUAUCAUUUAAUGUCAUGACUUUCACUUUACUCGUUGUCGUUGGUUCAACUAGCAUAUAGUAUGUUGACGAUACAUUGUUUAUUUUUGUAUAAAUUGAAUUAUGAUAACUGAUUCAAAAGUGCGCUCUUCCAAACGAGCAAUUGAAUAAAAUAUUUGCCAAACAUU